AUGUCGGACACUUUGCAAGAGAUGGGGACGAAGGAUGACAACAAGAAGGUCGACGUAGCGGUGGAAGAAGGCGAAAGUGCGGAUGCGGACACGAGGCUAGAAGCAUUGGGCUAUGCGCCUGAGAUGCGCCGCAAUCUUUCCACCAUAGCGGUGCUAGGCAUGGGGGCCAGCAUCAUCGCAGCGCCAUUCGGUCUCACCACAUCCGCGAGCUUUGCGCUCGUGAAUGGAGGAGCUGCCAGCUAUGUGUGGUGAGCACCAGUAGCAUCAGGACAAUGCUUGUGCAAGGCCUCCAGUACUGACGACACCCCUGCCUCUGCGUGUCUAGGGGUUGGAUCUUCUUAUCAAUUGUUUCCCUUGCCAUCGCUGCUUCUCUCGGAGAGAUUUGUAGCCUUUAUCCUACGUCUGGAGGCGUCUAGUGAGCAGCAAUAAGGACUACUUGGUGUCCUUUCACACCUUGUCACUGAUCAAGUCUUCUAUCUUAAAGCGUCUGGACCGCUCAUUUGGCGCCCAGCAAGCAGUCGGCCAUCAUCGCUUCCUACAUCGUUGGCUGGCUUAGCUGCAUCGCUAACAUUCUUCUUUGCUUGUCCAUCGCUUUCGGAGAAGCACAGCUCAUCAUGGCUGCGAUUUCGCUGUUUAGGGAUCAGGAUUGGACCCCUGAAGCUUGGCAGACGAUUCUCUGCUUUUGGGCAGUACUACUCGUCGCUGCGGCAGUGAACGCCUUCGGAGUCAAGAGCAAGUCGCUUGAGCCCAUCAACGUUGCUAGCAUCUGGUGGACUGCUGGCGCCUCACUCAUCAUCCUCGUCACAUCCUUGGCGAUGUCGGAUGUGAAAAGGAGCGCGUCGGAUGUGUUUGUGCAGUGGAACAACACCUCGGGUUGGCCGGACGGAUGGUCCUGGUUUGUGGGGCUGCUCACACCCGCAUACGUUCUGACAGGUGAGCUGCAUGGAUCGUCCGCGCCUCGAACUCCACUGAUAGGCCUCUCUCUGCGACUUCGUAGGUUAUGGAACCAUAUCAAAUUUGUGUGAAGAAGUGCGACAGCCCGAGCGAGCUGUGCCACGAGCGAUGCUUGGAUCCGUGGUCGUCGCGUCUCUGAAUGGCUUGGCGUUCAUUCUGCCUUUGACGUUUGUGUUCCCUUCGCCCUCUGAUCUCGAGGCGGCUUUGGAAGCGGCCUCAGGACCAAUCCCUUACGUCUUUGCCCAAGCUACUGGCACUGCAGGCGGAGCAUUUGGCCUCUUGUUCCUCGUCCUUGGCAUCGGUUUGUUUGCGAGCAUCUCAUCCUUCACAGUUGCUUUCAGAUGCAUUUGGGCUUUUUCUCGAGAUGGCGGUAAGAUUUCACGCGAUGCUCAAGCGUCGCAUCCGCGCCUUUGGCUCGACUAACGCUGGCUUGGCUCGACGCAUCUUCGCCUUUCACAGGACUGCCGGGAAGCCGUUGGCUGAGAAGGGUAGACCCGCGGCUCAUUGUUCCACUCAAUAGUUUGAUCGUCUCUACGGUCAUCAUUGGGCUCCUGGGCUUGAUCUAUCUCGGCGCCACAUCUGCAUUCAAUGCGUUUACGGGCUCCUGUACUGUGAGUAUCUGCAUGGACAAGACUUUACCCUGGCAAACCAUUGAUUUGCAACGUCAUCGAGUCCCCCACAGAUUCUUCUCGGCGUAUCGUACGUUGUGCCCAUCGCUAUGUUGCUCAGCAGAAGACGUGCACCAGUCCGAUAUGCUUCGUGGGGACUUGGAAGAUUGGGUUGGAUCGCCAAUGUGUGCGUGUCACCCUUCGUUUCCGUGAUCAAUCCAGCUGACAAGAUGUGCCACUUCGUCGAUGCUAACCUGUGUCCCCAAUCGCGUAGCGUGGCUCUUGCAUGGGUCUUGUUUAGCAUUAUUUUGUUCUGCUUUCCAACCACAGCAUCGAUCACCCCGGCCUCGAUGAAUUAUGUGAGGCGUGUCGGACCGCGCUGCUGGUUGCGAAGCGGAGCUGAUGGUCAUGCAUUCACCUAGGCAUCGGUGGUCGUGUCCUUCUUUGCUGCAUUUGCGGCCGUCUUCUACUUCACAAUUGCCCGUACACGCUACCAGGUGAGUUCAACUGCGACGAUCUUGAGGUAGAGUCAACCUGCAAGGAACUCAACAAGCGUACCUGCCUCCGUCCGUUUCUCCAGGGCCCUUUAGGAGCUGGUCAGCACGGAGAUCAAGCAUAG